CCACCGCACUGCUCUUUCAUUCAACACGCACCAUGAGCUACGGAGCCGACCUCUACUCCUCCUCCUCCUACCGGAAGAUCUUCGGGGACUCUCCCCGUUACUCCUCCUCUCCAUCGAGGAUGAGCGGCCAUGCGUCCUCCGGUAACCGCAGCAGCGGGGGUUACCGGUCCCAGUCCGCCUCCCGCAGCGGCGGGUCCAGCUUGGGUGGUGCGUACACCAAGCGCUCCGGGAGCCGCAACUACUCCUCCAUGCAGGUGGACCACGGCGGCUUCGACCUGACGCAGAGCAGCGCGCUCAACAACGAGUUCAAGAUCAUCCGCACCAACGAGAAGGAGCAGAUGCAGGGACUGAACGACCGCUUCGCCAUGUUCAUCGACAAGGUGCGCACCCUGGAGCAGCAGAACCGGGUUCUGGAGGCCGAGCUGGGGGCCCUGAGGGGCCGGCAGACGGAGCCGUCGCGCCUGGCGGAGCUGUACCAGCAGGAGAUCCGGGAGCUGCGCUCCCAGCUGGAGGAGGUGAACGCGGAGAAGAGCCAGACGCUGAUCGAGAGGGAUAACAUCGAGGAGGAGCUGAUGAAGCUCCGGGGGAAGUAUGAGGAGGAGUUCCGCAUGAGGGAGGAGGCGGAGGCCACGCUGAAGGCCUUCAAGAAGGACGUGGACGAUGCGACCAUGGUGCGCCUCGACCUGGAAAAGAAGGUGGAGUCGCUCCUGGACGAGAUCAACUUCUUGAGGAAGGUGCACGAGGAAGAGGUGGCGGAGCUGAUGGAUCUCCUCCAGGCGGCGCAGGUGUCCGUGGAGAUGGAGGAGGUGUCCAAGGUUCCCGACCUGACGUCGGCGCUGAAGGAGAUCCGAGGACAGUACGAGUCCAUGGCCUCCAAGAACCUGCAGUCCGCGGAGGAGUGGUACAAGUCCAAGUUCACCGACCUGUCGGAGCAAGCGGGCCGCAGCCAGGAGACCAUCCGGGCCAGCCGCGAGGAGCUCAACGAGUACCGGAGACAGAUGCAGUCCAAGACGAUCGAGAUCGAGAGCCUGCGGGGAACCAACGAGUCCCUGGACCGCCAGCUGCGGGAGAUGGAGGACCGGCACAACGCGGAGAUCGCGAACUACCAGGAUGGCAUGGCUCAGCUGGAGAACGACCUGAGGAACACGAAGGGCGAGAUGGCUCGUCACCUCAGGGAGUACCAGGACCUCCUGAACGUCAAGAUGGCCCUGGACAUCGAGAUCGCAGCCUACAGGAAGCUGCUGGAGGGCGAGGAGACCCGCCUGACCUCGGGGGUCAGCUACUCCACCCCCAGCCUGGGGGGCGGCGGCCAGAGCUACGGCUUCACCUCCCGCAUGUACCACGGCGCGGGCGGGGGGGAGAAGGCCCCCUCCGACGGCCCCCAGCCGCAGAGCAAGGCCGGGGGGGGCAAGGCCCUCCAGCACGAGGUCUACGAGGAGGCGGUGGUCUCCACCAAGAAGGUGGAGAAGCAGCAGGACUCCAGCAACGACGUGCCCCCCAACACCAAGAACUAGGACCCCCCCCGAAACAAACACACGACCGGGUCACCCCCUCUAGUCACCCCUAGUUACUAUCACCCCUAGUUACUAGUCACCCGUCCCUCUGGGGGUUUCAAACCGGGCCGACUUUGGGUCUGCAGGCUGCGUGUGGUGGAGGGUGGAGGAGUGAGACAGUGGGGUGGAGGUGGAGAGUGAGACGGUGGGGUGGAGGUGGAGAGUGAGACGGUCCUGUUGGUGGAGAGGUGGAGCUCAGAGAAGCGUGUAGAGCGUAGCAGAUGUACGUCAUCCUUCUAUCUACCGCUCCCCUUUCUCUCUCCUUCUAUCUCUCUCUCUCCCUCUCUCCCUCUCCCUGUCUCUCUCUCACUCCCUCUCUCUCUCUCUCCCUCUCUCCCUCUCCAUCCCUCUCCCUCCCUCUCUCCCUCUCCAUCUCUCUCCCCUAUCAAACGGUGUUUGAUGAUACAAUGUCAAACACAUUUCUCACUUUAGAUGUGGAGUUAGUGAGUACAAAAGCACGGCUUGGGGUUUCUCAGUGAGAUAUUCUCAAAGGAUUGGUAUGCAGCCGUACUUAUCAUCAUGCCAUAAACACAUUCAUCUAAUUACUCAAAAGGAAAAUACGAUAACCACUGGCUAUUGGAUAUUCACAAGAAAUAAAUAAGAAAGAAAUUGAGUUGUGUUGCAUAAACGCAAUUAUCGGUAACAUAUAUCACUCCAAGAACCGAAACAUAAUUAAACAAGUUGGCUGAAAUCAUCGUCAGUUGUUAUCGCCGCAGCCUGCGGACCUAACACCGCAUGACACCAGCAUGCAGGGCCUCCGUCAGCACCACCCGAGUCUGGUUAUGAACCUCAUCCAGCCUCCAUCAGCACCACCUCAGUCUAGUGAUGAACCUCAUCCAGCCUCCAUCAGCACCACCUCAGUCUAGUGAUGAACCUCAUCCAGCCUCCAUCUACACCACCCGAGUCUAGAGAACUAGUGAGUCUAGUGAUGGUACUCACCUGCAUGGUUCCUGUCUAGCUCCUGUUUACAAGGCAACAGUUCAUUAGUUGUUAGUCCUCCGUCGUCAUGGUGAUAACCUCGACGGGGCCGUGGCUCCGAGCCAUUCCACUCUUCUCCCCGUUAGCUCGAAGCUCAGCCCCUCAAUGUCCUACACUAAAGAUGUAGGACAGUAGGAGCAUGUUAGCCUGUGGGCUCGGCCUUUGUCUUAUCCUAUUAGUCGUGACGUAGAUGUACUCGUAAGACACUCGAUAUCGGAACUGAUUUAGUACUCGUUUAGGAAAACCUCUUUGUUGUGAGUAGUGAUCAAGGGUGAUCAAGAGAAAAAUAAUAGAAACGGCGAUGAGGUCUUACAUGUUGAGGUCGGUCAGCUCAACCAAUCAGUCAGUUGGAGGCUGCGUUGUAAAGUAGGUCUGAGUGAAUAUACUACCACUACUACUAUCUACUCACUCUGUAUCCAUAGUCUCUGAGACCUUCAGCCCGAACCACUGAAGUCUGAACCACUUCAGACCGACCACUGAGAGGGGAGUUAGAAUUAUAAAACAAGGCAACCAAAAGCACACGCAUCUAAUGACCAAGCACAUGCACACACAUCUAAUGACCAAGCACAUGCACACACAUCUAAUGGCCAAGCAAACUUAUCUUAUGACCAAGCACACGCACAUCUAAUGACCAAGCACAUACUCAUCUAAUGACCAAGCACAUACAUUGAAACGAUUGCACUUGUUUCUCUACACCUGAACCAUGACUGCAGAUGUCUGUUGUAGGGUCACCCUGUUGUCCCCAGAGAUCCUCCUCCGACCAGAGACCUGUCGGCUCCCCGUCCGCACACUGCUGGUCUGAGCACGCCUCGCUUGCUUACUGUCAGCCGAGGCUGUGUGCGCGUGUGUGUGUUUGUGUGUGUGCAUGUGUGUGACUGUGUGUCUAACUAUACGUGUGCCACCACAGGGUAAUGGAUGACUGUAGAACAAAAUCCUGUGAGUUGUUUCACUCGAGCCCUGUAUCUUAGUACUGUAGUUAGUGUGUGAGUGUAUGUGUAAGGGUUACAUCAGGGCUUAUGAUACCUGGGUGUGAUCUGCUAAGAUGUGCUAAGGGUAGAUCUGGAAAUCUGCCCUUAGUUUCCUAGACAGUUAAGGGGCGACCGAUACUGCAGACGUGUGAGGAGUACUCAAUAGGAGCAAGGAAGCAGCAUUAUGUCUGUCUGUCUGCAUCUCUACAACUUCCACUGGAAACUACAAAUGUGUUCUCUGCUUUCCUCAACUAGUAACUAUGUGGUUCUUCUUGUAAAACCUAAUCUUGCCACUUCUACACCACUGCCAAACUGUUUCUCUGUGUGCCACCCAACAAAUAGAUCAAAGGCUUCACUGAAUCAUAAACCAAACACAAAAAGUCAAAAAAACAUGUUUACAAAUGCCUUAAAACACCAGCUGCUUUUUGAAUACUUUAAUUUCCUGCGUGCUUUGUCAUUCUCAAACUGAUAUGGAUUGUCUGUGUUCUGCAAGCGACUACUUCUGUCUGAAAUCACACGACACGAAGUCGAAUAAAGGCUUGAUGAAACUGCA